AACCGCCCGAACGCAGAUCUGCAAAUUUCUCGUCACCGUGAUCGAGAGCCAACGAAACACGGCGCACACGGGACGAUUCAGUUUCAGUCGAGCUUUCGAGCAGUAAAUUUUCCCCCUCGUAUCAGGCGAUAAAUAGAUCAAUCUAAACCCCGAACGCCGUUCCGAUUGAAUACUCGCGCGUGUUGGUGCAGUAGUAGUGCUGUGUAGUAGUAAUAGUAUCUAAUGCGCAGUGUGUGAGUGUACCUAGUGCACUGAAAAUUACCGGCAAAAGUUCUCCCCUCCCCUGGUUAGUGUAUUAGUGUGUGUGUGUGUGUGUGCGAGGAGUUAUUUAAUGCUACUGCAUUCUUUCUGAACUAAACAUUCGGACCAUCUCGGAAAAUCAUCCUCUCCAUCGGCAAGUGAUAAGCUCUUCGAUUCCGUUUCCCUCCUAGCCGGCCUUGAGGCCGGGAAAUUCCUCGUUGCUCUUUGCUCUCUUCCUCCACCCUCCCUGUUUACCCCUGUUGUUUGCUUCUUACGAGUAGCGUCAUCCCAGGUCCACCGUCAGCAUGACGCUGAAAGAUGAAAUACUGACCGCCGAUGUCAAACCUGACUUCGGCGUGUCCUAUAGCAAGGAAGACAUCGUGCUACCAUCGAAACGUCCGAACCGCGCAUCUCAGGCGUCCCCAGCCGAACCUGCAACACAGCCCUCCCAGCAGCAGCGUGCACGGGAGCCCGACUGUGUUGCGGCCCAUCGUCCUGAGUCACAGCGACUGGCGACGAGGCCGAUCUAUCACUACCGUCCAUGCAACACGACGUCCUCCGGGCUGCGCUACUCCAACGAUCCCAACGAAUCCGACGACGAUAACCCUAGCGAGGGAUUUAAGAUGUACGAUAUUUUGGUUGUGAACAAAAACUACGAUGCCGAAGGACCGGACUCGAUCUCGGUGCGAAUUGGCGAUCUGGUCGAGGUACUCGACAUGGGCGAUUCGGCAGUCAAUGCGGCAAAGAAGCCUAAGCUCGAUCCGCAGAUGAACAUCGGUCAGACCGAGGAUCGGCUCGACAGCUCGGCCUCGCGGCACAAGCUGGCGGUGAAGCCGAAGAAGAACCACCAGAGCUCGUCCCAUCGACGUAGCGUCAGUCCACAGCCACCGUAUCAACCGAAACCGAACGAGAAGUGGAAAGUACGAAUCUUCGAUGGUGAUGACAAUGCCAAAGCCGGCUGGAUACCGGUGUCGGUGCUGGACGUCAACCAUACCGAGCAGGCCGUAUUCGGCGAAAAGUCCAACGAUGCUGCCUAUCGACGAGAGGCUGUGGUCCGUGAGCUGGUCGAAACGGAGGAAGAGUUCGCCAAGGACCUGCAGCAGGUCGUCGACAACUACCUCAAGUACAUCGACAACAAGGACAACAAGGUGCCGCGGGUGGUGCGCGAUCAUAAGGAUGACAUCUUCAACAACUUCAAGCAGAUUGCGGACUUUCACAACACGGUACUGAUCGAGGGUGUGAAGUACUACGCAAACAAUCCGAAGAUGAUCGGCAAAACGUUUCUACGGCUCGAGCGUGACUUUGACAAGCACGUCAAGUACUGCCGGGAUGCACCGGUUGCCCAGGAGUUCCUUGCGUCAAACGAUGCGAUCCGAGACUUCUUUAUGGAGCUCUCGGCGAAAAUCGACGACGAUAAAAGUCUCACCGAGCAUCUGAAGCUACCGAUUCAGCGUAUCAACGAUUACAAACUUCUCUUCAAGGAACUGCUCAAGUACUCGACCGCACUCGGUGAGAAUGUGCUCGACAUCCAGAAGGCGCUCGAGCUGAUGCUAUCGGUGCCGAGCCGAGCGGCCAACAACAAAUUCCUCGAGGGUAUCGAAGGAUUCCGAGGCAAUCUGCAGAAGCUGGGCCGUGUGCUUGCCCACGAGUACUUUGGCGUGCGGGACCGGGAGAACAAGAUCAAGGAGCGCUACCUGUUCCUGUUCAAGUCACGCAUCCUCGUCACCAAGGUGAAGCGCCUGUCGGACGAUCGAUCGAUCUUCAUCCUGAAGGACAUCGUGCGGCUGCCGGACUGUGAACUGCGGGACAUCGAUACGCGUGCGUUCGAACUAGUGCCGAAGGCGAAAGGGGCCGAUCCGGUCCAUCUGAUCGCUUACUCGGAAGAGGCGAAGCAGCGCUGGAUCUACGAGAUCAACGAGUACGCGAGCAAUGCGGUCGCACUGCAGGAACACUCGAACGAUGAUCUGCGGCUCGAUCCGACCCAGACCAACAUUGACGAAAGCAUCAUCAAGCUGCCGCAACGCAUCGAAGCGCACAAGACGGACGAAAACAUCAAACCGUCGGACAUUGCGGACAGCUACGUCGUGUUUAAGCACAAAACGAGCCGCGAUGAAUCGCACCAAGCGCUGCAAAAGAUCCAGUACCUUCAGCAGCAGCAACAGCAACAUCUACCGCAGCAGCUCGCCGACCAACAAAUGGCGUCCGAAGAGCUCGAGGAGGAGGAAAAAUCUGCUUCGGUGCAGGAACGGUUGGCCGCAUUCGAGGUGAAGAAAUCGGCCAAAAAGCUUGACCUAACGCACACCAAGCAGGAAAGCGUCGUUACCUCGUCGACCGUUGUGCAGCAGUCGGAAUCGAAGUCUGCCUCUGUCGCUACGGCCUCCGUUACCGUUAAGGAGGAACAGCACGAAGCGCAACGUUCCGUUGCCGUGAAACGCACCCAAGCGGUCCAGCUGGAAAGUGUUACGAAGAGCAGCAAGUCCGAAAGCAAGUCCGUUUCCAUGUCGUCAACCUCAUCGGCGAGCUCGACCACCACCACCACCAGCUCAAGUUCAGCACAAGAAUCGGUUGCUGCGAUCGAAACGGCAGCUGAAACUCAUCAAACGCAGCAGCAGCUGCUCGAACAGCAGAACAAGAUUAAGCAGAUCGAAUCGAAGUACGCCGCGCUGAAGCAGAAACAGCUGGAGCAAAAGUCGGACAUCGUGGACGCAAAGUUCCAGAUUGUCGAAUCAAAGUUUGCAGCGCUCAAGCAGAAGCAGGAACUGCUGCUGCAGGAGCAGCAACAGCAGGUUACUACUACGACCACCACCGUUACGACGAAGCAACAGCAGCAGAGCGCUCAGCAGGUUGAAGCUGCAUCGAAGAUCCAGCAGAUCGAGUCGAAAUAUGCCGCCCAGAAGCAGGGUGAAGAGGCUGUGUCGAAGAUUCAACAGAUCGAAUCUAAAUAUGCCGCCCGCAAAUCAUCGCUUAGCGGUGCCUCUGGUGAGGAGGCGGUCAAACAAAGUGUCGAGUCCUCCAAGCAAGCUACUGCAGCGGUUCAAGAGCAACAAAAAACCACCGUGUCGUCUGUGACUGUAGAAACGGCGCAGGAACCGCUUUCUAAGCUUCAGCAGCUUGAGUCAAAGUAUAACGCUCACAUCCAGCAAGCGAAGGAACUUAUUAAUGAGUCUGUAGAAGCCGCUUCUACUACUCUCCUAACCAGCUCUACUGCUGAGACGAAACCUGAAACUCCCGAUUCUCCGCAAACGGAAUCACUUUCGAAGAUUCAACAGAUCGAAUCGAAGUACGCUGCGCUGAAGGCACGCCAGCAGCAACAACUGCAGGAAAUCAAAACUGCCGAAUCGACGACGGAAACGACUGUAGUACAGCAGCAAAGCCAACAGGAAAGUCAGCAGCAAACCUCCGCCGAGGAACCACAGUCAAAGAUCGCUCAAAUUGAGGCCAAGUACGCGUUCAAGAGACAGCAAUCCCAGAACGCUGAAGAUUACGCAAGUUCGAAGCUACCGGUUCCGGUCAAAAAGGAGGAACAGCAGGUAGCUAAGACGGAGCAGGUCACGAAAACUGCCGAAGUCAAGCAAUCGGAAACGGUUGUCAAUAAGGCUGUGGAAGUCACAAAAACGCAGGAAGCAACAACUAAGGUCGAACAGGUGGCCAAGGUUUCGGAAACGAAAAAGAAGAUCCCGGAACCGAUUAAGCUUCCCGAGCAGACGACUAAAACGGCGAGCGAUAAGGGUCCGGAUUCGCCGAAGAAAGGCAAGUCACCGAAAACACCGAAAUCGCCGUCACCGAAAAAGGAGGACGCCGCUCCAUUCAAGACGCCAGCAAAGGUUGCCGAACCGGCUAAGGUUCCUGAACCGGUAAAAUCGGUGAAGCCUGUUGAAGUUACAGAACCGGCGAAGGCUGUAAAGUCUGUUGAACCAGUAAAGGCGCUGGAGCCUGUUAAGCCUGUUGAGGUAUCGAAAGCAACUGAAACGGCCAAGCCUAUAAAGCCUGCUGAACCAGCGAAGGCUCCUGAAGCAGCUAAACCUGUGAAGCCAGUUGAACCGACGAAGACACCUGAGCCAGCUAAGGCUACGAAGCAGGCAGAACCGGCGAAGGCUCCCGAACCAGCGAAGGUACCAGAGCCAGUCAAAGUUACCAAACCAGCUGAGCCAGCCAAGACUCCCGAACCAGCUAAGAUUGUUAAACCUGCUGAGCCUGCGAAGGCACCUGAGCCAGCCAAGAAGCCUGAGGAACCGAUCAAGACUCCUGAGCCAGCUAAAGUAACCAAACCUGCUGAGCCAGCCAAGGUUCCUGAACCAGCUAAGACUCCGAAGCCUGCUGAACCAGCCAAGGCUCCAGAGCCUGUUAAAGUCACUAAACCAGCUGAACCAGCGAAGGCUCCUGAGCCUGUUAAGACCGCGAAGCCAGCUGAACCAGCGAAGGCUCCUGAGCCCGUUAAGACCGCGAAGCCAGCUGAACCAGUGAAGGCUCCUGAACCCGCCAAGACUGUUAAGCCGGUCGAGCCAUCGAAACCAGCUGAGCCAGCCAAGCCCAUCGAGGCACCAAAACCAACCGAACCGACAAAGACUCCUGAACCGGUUAAGUCAGUUAAGCCAGAACCGGCUAAACCUGCCGAACCGGCAAAGCCCUCUCCACCAACGAAGAUUCCGGAGCCUACAAAGCAGGCGAAACCAGCAGAACCGACUGCCAAGCCAACUGAGCAAGCUAAAGCUCCCGAGCCAGCGAAGAAAGUGGCGUCCGAACCUGCAAAUGUUCCAGAACCUGUGAAAGCUCCCGAGCCGAUCAAAAAACCUGAAACUCCGAAACCGGUGAAGGAACCACCAAAGAUGCCGGAACCAACCAAGAAGGCACCGUCUCCGAAGAAGGCAUCCCCACCGCCCAAGGUAACCGAACCCAAGAAGGCAUCGGAACCGGAAAAGAAACCGACCGAACCAACCCCGAAACCGGCACCGGAAAAGAAGACUGAGUCCGUGAAGUCCGUGGUGGAAAAGAAGACUGAAACGACGACCGUUCAGAAGAAGGCUAGUGAGAGUGUCAAGAAGGUAGAGACUGUUACGACUAGGAAAGCGGAUACCGCACGUGCAACAGGUCGCGCUACACCUGCGGCGGUGUCCGACGAACCGGACGCGUCCGUCGAAGGCGUCGUCGAGCAAAAGUCGCGCGAGGAAGCGCUCAACCGCAAGCUAGAGGAAAUAUACGCCCGCGAAAAGGCGGCCCUAGCUGAGGCGAAGCGUGUGCGCGAGCUUGAGGAGCAAGAAAUCCGGCGCAAGUUCGAGCAGCGCAGCAUCCGCGAGAUACAGCAGAUAAAGGAAACGGCUUCGGAGUUUUUGCAGCAGAUUGCCGCAACUAGGAACCUCGUCCAAUCGGUACUGGAGACAAGCACCGAGCCAAGACUUCCGCAAAUAAGUCAAGCGGCCACCAGCACUACCACAGGUGGUGAGGGUAAUAACACGCAACCCAGCUCCGGUUCGAACGAGCAAGGUUCGAACGAUCAAUCGGCCGGUCAGGAGCAAGCGGGUGCAGGUAAUCAGGGAGGUCAGGAAGCUUCCUCAGGAGAGCAAGGUUCCGCCAACAACAACGGUAACAACGGUAACAACGGUAGCAACGGUGACGAGCGCGAGGACAAGAAGCGUACUCCACCACCAUUACAGUUGCCCACGUUCUUUGAUCCACCGCCGCCGCCCGUCUACCAGGCCACGAUCGAGGUGUUCAUCAAGAAGGAGCGUCCACCGCCACCACCGCCACCAAAGAUUACCCGCAAGCUGGUCGUCAAUACGGACGAGCUAGAGCGCAAAACGCAGGCCUUCUUUGACGGGGAAAUUAACGAGCCCGAUCCGGACUUUUCCAUUGCGGCCGCCCACCGUAAGCUGAAGGGCAUCAAGAGCAUCUGCAAGAAGGCGGACGAAACCGUGCUGUACGCGGAGGACACGAUCGUGAAGGCGGAGCAGGGCGAGUUCGAUAGCAUUAUCAUCCCCGAGCAGGAGGAAGACAAACGUCCCCGAGAACCGGUGUACGAGUAUCAGUACACGGUUGAGGAUCCGGUCACUGGCGCUCGCGUUUGCACUGCCGAUCCGAACGUGGUGCUGAUCGAGAAGGAGCUACGGAUGGAGGAUCAGUACGGUUCGGCGCAUUCGCGCUACUCGUCAUCGCGGCUGUCGUCGCGCAAGAGUCAACUCACUGAAGCUCAAGAGAGAGAACUAGCUGCGAUAGAGACGCGCCACGACUCCAAGAUGUCGACGACCAACACGAAGAAGAUCCGUGUACCGACCAACAUACGGCCGCACUUCAUCAAACCGAUCCGUGGUCUCACUGUGGAGCCGGGUGAGAAUGCCAAGUUCACGGUGCAAGUGGACGAGAUGUCCAACAUGCAAUGGUUGAAGGAUAACAAGCCGCUAGAUGACCGUCUGGCCGACCGUGUGAUCACGAAGGAGAACGACGAUCUGUCGUACACGCUCGAGAUUCAGCACUGUCGCGAACAGGACAGUGGUAUCUACACUGCCCGGGCCAUCAACGGCACUGAGAAUGCCUCCUGUACGGCACAGCUCAUCGUCGAAACUCUGACACCAGAACAGCGUAAGGCUAUGUCGGAAUCCAACUCGCCGGUGUUCUCCGUCCAGCUGAAGGAUACCGAGGUCAUCGAGAAGACCUACCUUACCUUCAUGGUGAAGGUGAAGGGCGAUCCCGCGCCGAAGGUUCGAUUCUGCAAGGAUGAUAAGGAAAUUCUAGACACCGACAAGCGCAUGAAGAUUAACCGCGACCAUGCGGAAACCGGAUUCUACGAGCUGAUCAUACCGGAGGUGCACAAGGGCGACUGCGGCGUGUACUCCUGCACCGCCUGGAACAAGUUCGGUACGACGAAAACCGAGGCCCAGCUGCUGGUCGCCGACCAGCUCGAUCUGUUCUCCGAGCUCGACAAUCUGGACGACAAGACCAAGUUUGUGUGGAAGAAGAACGGCGUCGCGUUCGAUCCGGAGGAGCGCUUCAAGGUGCUGAUGGCGGAUGAUUCCGACUCGCUGGCGCUUGUCUUCCAGCACGUAAAGCCCGAAGAUGCUGGACUUUACACUUGUGUUGCCGCGACAUCCUCGGGUAAUAUCCAGUGUAGCGCUGAACUCACCGUUCAGGGACAAGUGAACCAGCUCAUACAGGAACCAUCCAAGCCGCACCUGGAGGUCGAGUCGAAGGAAGCGCUGGCCCGAAUCGGCGGCAAGGCGCUGCUCGAGAUGAAGGUCAAGGGCUAUCCGAAGCCGGAGAUCGUUUGGCGCCACGAGGGUACGAUCAUCGAGCCCGGUGGUCGGUACAAGUUCCUCUACGAGGAUGCCGAGUCAGUGUCGCUCGUCAUCAAGGACGUGCAACCGUCGGAUGCGGGCGCCUACUCGAUCGUGGCCCAGAACGAGCUCGGCGAAGACUCCACGUUCAUUAACCUGGUCGUGAAGACGCCUCCCACCAUCACGAAACCGCACGAUAUGGCUGCGAUGGUGAACGAACAGUACAAGAUGUCGAUCGAGGUCAAUGCCGUGCCGGCCGCGACCGUGCGCUUCUUCCGCAACGGCAAGGAAAUCCGCGAGGACGACCGUAUCAAGUUCCUUACCGCUGAGAACUACUACAUCAUCAAGUUUAACCACACCACAUUGGAGGACGCUGGCAACUAUUCGAUCAUUGCAAUGAACGAAAUCAGCCAGGCGUCCGAGUUCUGGGAGUUUACCAUCAACUCCCCACCACGAACGACCCUGCACCUGCAGGACGAAACGAUCGUCAACGAGAAGGAGGACAUCGAGCUGGUCGUGAAGGCCGAGAGCAACCCGGCCCCGAUCGUGCGCUGGUACAAGGACGGCAAGGAGGUGGUGGCCGACGGCAAGCGUGUCGUCAUCAUCGCCGAGGACGGCCGAUACGUGCUGAAGAUCCAUGCUGCUAACCGCGACGAUACCGCACUCUACACGGCCGACAUCAUCAACGACUACGGCACGGUGACGGAGAAGUCGCAGGUGAACGUGAGCACCAAGUCGAAGGUGCGCGAACAGCUGACCGCCAUCACCUGCAAGGAGGGCGAAACGAAUGUUGUGCUCGAGGUGAAGGCGGACGGCUAUCCGCGCCCGAAGGUGCAGUGGUACAUAGACGAUGUGGAGAUUACCGAGUCGCGCAACGAGUACAAGUUCCAGGAGGACGGUCUGUACUAUCAGCUCGUGCUGAAGGAGGUGAAGGCCGAGCUGCAGGGUGUGUACAAGGCGAAGUUCACGAACGAGCUUGGCUCGGACGAGACGAGCGCCAAGACGACGGUACAGUGUUCGCCCAAGGUACGCAAACCGCUGGUCGACACGGAUGUGGACGAGAACACCACGCUCACGCUGGAGGUCGAGAUCUACGCGGAGCCGGUACCGGAGGUGACCUGGUUCAAGAACGGUCAACCGAUCCAGACCGACGCUCGGUUGACGAUCAAGCGUGAUUCGCAGCGCGUCGAGAACUACACGCUCUCGCUGACGAUGGUGCGUGGCGCGGAUUCGGGCGAUUACGAGGUGCGGGCUGUCAACUCCAUGGGAACUGCCACUACCAAGGGCCGAGUCGUUGUUCAAAAGGCCAUUGUAGCGAGCCCGGGAGAGAAUGCCGAAGCCCACCGUAUGAUAAGUGAGUGUAUGAAGAUCGGUCAGCACGGUGAGACGAUCAUGGUGUCCGUGUGUACCGAGGAAAGCCACGCAGCAAUAGUGACAGGGCCGGAAGAAUCACACUCCAUACAUCAGAUGCGCGCCACAACGGUUAUCUUCGAGGAGGACAGUGGUUCACCGAUCGAGGUGAUGCAGAAGAUCAUCUACCCGAACAAACCACACGCAUCCGCACUGCACGUGGAAGAGAUCGACACGAUCACGUUUACCUCGCCGGAACAGAAACGUCAGUAUCAAUCGCAACUGUCAGCAAACGAAGGCUCCCGAACCGUUAUCGAAGAGAUCGAAUCGGACAAUGAAACAGCGACGAAGGGUAAACUGUCGCGUGGUGUAUCGAUCACAUCCGCUUCCGAGGAUGAACUACUCCCGUCGCGUCAAAACAGUCGUGUCGGUGUGGAGAGUGAGCUCACGAAACCAACAAACGCAACGCUCGAGACGAGUGAGCUCGGGAAAGAAAAUGUGUCCCAGGAGUCGUUCGAUGCAAAGCAGGAGAAGCUAACGAUGGAGGAUGUUCCAGACUCUCCACGCAAGGGUAACCUGCUCGAGACGGGAGUCUGUGAGGAGCGAACUGGCCGGAAGUCGAUCGAAAAGAAGGUAUCGUUUGAGGAUGACCUACCCCAACAGGGUAAAUCGCUUGAAAGGCAAGAGCUUACCGAGAGUGAACCAGACCAACCGGAACCGGUACAGGAAGAACCGGUCGAGAAGCGGACGGCUAGCCAGAAGGCUCUUGCUAAGGAACCGAUCGUAGACGGUACAGUGGAGGAGUGCGUGGAAAAAGCUGUAACGAAAGAUCCACAGGAACCGGCCCGGCCUGAAGCAUCGCCGGAGAUCCUGAAGACGGAUAUUGCGGACGUGACGACGUUCGACUCGCUGCCACUGAUCUGGACGGUGGAAGCCGACGGUAUUCCGCGCCCGGAGGUAUCCUGGUACCAUAACGAUGAGCUGGUGAAGUCUAGCGAUCGUAUCCGCAUUACGGACUCGGGUACUUCGUACAAAAUCGAGAACCGUGACGUGAAGGAGGCGGACGCUGGCGAAUGGAAGGCCGUAGUAAAGAACCGCAUCGGCGAAAAGUCUCUGCCAGCGAAGCUGACCGUUAUUCCUUGCAAGGAAUAUCGUCGCCCGAAGUUCAUGAAGGGUCUGGAAAACAUUUCCGUCCACAAGAACGAACCGGUGUCGCUUACCGUAACGCUCACGUCGGACCCCGAGCCGGAGAUUACCUGGCUGCAGAACGGAACCGAGGUUAAGGCCGACGACUUCAUCCAGAUGAAGACGGAGAUCAAGGAGCUAGAGUACAACCUGAAGGAAAUCACGUACACGCUGCAGAUUGAUCAGGCCCGUCACUACGACACCGGUGACUACACGUUCCAGGCGAAGAACAAGUACGACAUCAGCGAAUCGAACGGCCGGUUGGAUGUGUUGCUGAAGCCGGAGAUUGAAAACUUCCACGACACCACGGUGCUACCGUUUACGCAGGGCGUGUUCCAGGUGUUGGUUAAGGCAAAUCCGAAACCGAAGGUUACCUGGACGAAGGAUGGGCUUAAUCUGUGCAACAACGACAAUUGCGAUGUGAUUGCCGACAUUGAGAAGGAGGUUUACACACUCGUGAUCGAAUCUUGCGCUCUUGCCGAACACGGCACCUACACGCUGACGGCGUCGAAUGCUCAGGGUGAAACUGUGGCAACCGCUAAGCUCAACGUGCACACCGAGAAGCCCAAGUUCACCAAGGAACCGGACUGUCUUACCGUGCACGAUUGGGCCGAUGUCUACAACAAGGUGCUGGUGCAGGGUGUUCCACGUCCAGCUAUUCAAUGGCUGCACAACGGAACACCGCUCGAUACGCAAGAGAUCGAUGAGGAAUCGCAGGAACCGAAGAUCAAGAUCGUCACGUCGGGCGAUACGGAGGUGACGAGCGAACUGUUCAUCACGCACUUCGGACCCGAGCUGCAGGGCGAAUAUUCCUGUCUGGCGACUAGCAUCGGUGGCGAAACCGAGGCCAAGUUUAACAUUCAGGUCAAGAACGAACAGCCCGUGUUUGGUAAGGGACUCGAUCGGUCUUUGGACCUGGAGGAGGAUGAUCGUUUGGAGCUGCGCUGCAUCGUCGAUGGUAGCCCACUGCCAAGGAUGACCUGGUACAAGGAUUCCAACGAAAUCAAGGCUGAUGAUCAUGUUAAGAUCACCUACGGCCAUGAUGGUAUCUGUCGUCUCGUGAUCGACAACGUCCUGCCAGGAGAUAGCGGUUGCUACAAGUUGGUGCUCUCCAACAAGAGUGGCGACAUUACUACCCAAUGCUGUGUUGCCAUCACUCCGAAGCAAAAGCCUCCGGUAUUUUUGCGCCCUCUGCAAGACCAUAAGCUCACCGUUGGCGAUACGCUGCAUAUGGAGGCCGAAAUUGCCGGCUUCCCGAUGCCCGAGGUGCGCUGGUUCAAGGAUGGACUGCCGCUGCGUCAGACGCGCGGCAUCAACUUCAUCAACCAGCCGGAUGGUCUGAUCGGGUUCAUCAUCGAUCGCGUUACGGCUGAGGAUGGUGGCAUCUACACGUGCGAGGUGAAGAACAAGAACGGUGAAGCGAAGUCGGCCUCGCUGACGGAGAUUGUACCGAAGGGCAAGAAGCCCCAGUUCGUCAGUGAGCUGAUGAACGUUAACAUCGUUGAGGGCUUCCCGGUCAAGCUGAACGUCAAGGUGAUCGGUUACCCGCAGCCUUCGGUCAAGUGGACGCACAACGGUACGCUCGUGUCCGGUGAUCGGUACAAGCUUACCGAGGAAUCCGAGGGUGCUUUUACGCUUGCGCUGGACAAGAGCACCGGUACUGACUGUGGCGAAUAUCAGGCAAUCGCAACGAACGAUCAUGGAGAAACGAUCAGUGCCGCCACUGUAAACAUUCUGCCAACGACCGAUCCUUCACUGCCCGAGGAACCGCCAAGCUUCCUGGGAGGCCUGCGCGACAUUACCGCCGACGAGGGUAAGGAGCUUACGUUCUCGGCCCGCUUCGCCGGCAACCCAGCACCGGAAGUUAUCUGGACCAAGGAUGGUGAGCCACUGCAACCGACCGGCCGUGUGGCGGUGACGUGCGAUGGCAAGAGCGUUGGGCUGACCAUUACGCCCGCGGAAAUGUCCGAUUCGGGCGAGUACGCUUGUCUGAUGGCGAACCCGCUCGGCGAAACGGAAACGCGUGCCUCGGCCAUCGUGCGCAAGGUGUUCCAGAAGCCGAACUUUGUCUAUCCAUUCACCGACAUGCAACAGUUGCCAGGAUUGGAGGCUAAGUUCCCGGCGAAGCUGGUCGGUGUACCGCGUCCCGAGGUUCAAUGGUACAAGAACGAAUCGCCCAUCCACGCUGGCGAUCGGUACAAGAUGAAGUACGAGGGCGAUUGUUGCUGUCUGUACAUUAAGGAGUGCGAACCGGAAGACACCGGUCUGUACUCGUGCACUGCAACGAACCGCGAGGGAAGCAGCACCAUCGAGGCUAAGCUGGAUGUCGUCACCAGAAUUGAGAAGCGCGAUGAACCAACGCCACCAUCGUUCAUGAAGAAGCUCAACGACAUGACGCUGCUGGACGGCAUGAAGGCUAAGUUGACCGUGUGCGUCGAUGGCUUCCCAAUGCCAACCGUCGAAUGGAUCCGCGACGGGCGCCGUCUCGUGCCGAGCGAGAAGUACCGUAUCGAGGCAGAAAAGAAUGGUCUCGCACGGCUCAUUGUGGACGAUGUGCAGGAGGAAGAUCUCGGCCGGUACAGCUGCAAGGCGGUGAACAACCUUGGCGAAGCUAUCUGCCAUGCUAACCUGAAGUUCGAACCGUCCGACUACCGCCCGCGCCGUCGUUACGUGAAGGGCAAGGGCAAGGAUCUGCUCCACACGCCACCAUACCCACUGACGGAGAAACCAAUCAUCUCGAAGCUGUCCGACCGUCGACUUACGCUCUCGUGGCGUCCCUCGAUGACGACCGUUCCCCGCUACCCGGUUACCUAUCAGCUGGAAAUGAUCGAACUGCCGGACGGUGAAUGGCACACGACCCGGUCGGGUAUUCGUGGCUGUUCGUGCGAGGUCCGCAAUCUGGAACCGUUCCGUGAGUACAAGUUCCGCAUCCGCGUCGAGAAUCUGUACGGUGUGAGCGAUCCUAGCCCGUACGUGCAGACGUACCGCCAGAAGCUGGAACCGGAACCGCCGGUGUUCUAUCCUUACCUCGGACCGGGACGUGACUUCCGCCCGGAUACGUCCUCAUUCUAUCCGCGCGAUUUCGACGUAGAACGUCCGGGCCAUCGUCACCAGGCGCAGGCGCCGGAGUUCCUUCGCCAGGAGCGCCCGGUACAGUACGGUACGAAGAAUCACAACGUCAGCCUGUUCUGGUUCGUGUACGGCUAUCCGAAGCCUACAAUGACGUACUACUUCAAUGAUCAGAUCAUUGAGGCGGGCGGUCGUUAUAGCUUCAGCUACACACGCAACGGACAGGCGACGCUGUUCAUCAACCGUAUGACCGAUCGGGACGUGGGUGUUUACGAGGCGGCCGCUACGAACGAGCACGGAACGGUGCGCCAGCGGGUCUGCCUGGAGCUGGGCGAAUAUCCGCGGUUCCUGCAGCGUCCGGAGGAGGUGUUCAUUAUGGGCCGUCGUUCGGGACGCGUGGAGGCCAAGAUUACCGGUGUUCCGUUCCCGGACAUCAAGUGGUACAAAGAUUGGCAACCGAUUCACGAAUCUUCUCGCAUUAAGAUGAUCUUCUACGAGCCGGAUACUUGUGUGUUGCUGCUGACCGAUGCGAUCAAGAAGGAUGAGGGACUGUACUCGAUCAGCGCUCGCAAUGCGAUUGGUUCGAUCAGCUCGUCCGUGACGGUGCACGUCGAGGACAACGAGGAAGACUACGUGUACAAUGCGCACCACCGUACGCCGUACGUGCGUGCCCGCAACAAGGUCUACCAGGACUUCUACGAUCUGGGUGAUGAGAUUGGACGUGGCACACAGGGUAUCACGUACCAUGCGACGGAUCGCUCCAACGGUCGCAACUUUGCCGCCAAGAUCAUGUACGGCAGUCCCGAUCUGCGUCCGUUCAUGUUCAACGAGGUGGACAUCAUGAACGUACUGAACCACCGCAAGCUGAUCCGACUGCACGAUGCGUACGACAUAAACCGCUCGAUCACGCUCAUUCUCGAGCUUGCGUCCGGUGGUGAGCUGGUGCGUGAUAAUCUGCUCAAGUACGAUUACUACACCGAGCGGCAGAUUGCGAUCUACGUGUACCAGGUGUUGCUUGGACUGGAGCAUAUGCAUACGCGUGGCAUUGCGCACAUGGGCCUAACAAUCAAGGAUCUGUUGAUUGCCCAUCCGGGCAGCGAUAAUCUGAAGAUCUGUGACUUUGGACUGGCUCGGCGCAUUGAGGACGAUAAGCUGUACACGCUCGACUACGGUAUGCCGGAGUUUAUCGCACCGGAAGUUAUUAACCGGUGUGGCGUCGGGCUUGGACAGGACAUGUGGUGCGUCGGUAUCAUCACGUACAUUCUGCUCGGUGGCGUCAGCCCGUUCCUGGGUCGUAACGAUCGUGAAACGCUGACCCGCAUCAAGGAGGGCAAGUGGACGUUCAUCGGUUCGGUUUGGGAGAACAUUUCGACCGAAGCGCGUGACUUCAUUACCCGGCUGCUGGUGUACGAGGAGAAGCAUCGUAUGACGAUCCGGGACGCGUUGAACCACUCCUGGUUCGAUGUGAUCUACCGUCGAACGUUCGAGGAGUACCAGAUUGGUACGGAUCGGUUGCGCAGCUACUACUACCACUACCGCGACUGGUACACGAAUGCGUCCUGCCGCACCUGGUACCGUCGCCGGCCGCUGAUGAGCUGCUUCGACCAUCCGUCGCGCAUGGUGUACCCGCCGGGCAUUAUUUUCACGCCCGAAGGUACGCCGCCACCGAUGCAGGUCGACGAUAUCCCGCACAAGCGCAAGAAGUGGGAGGAGUACGUGUCGAAGGACAACCAUCCGGAUUACGAGACGGCAUCGUUCAAGUCGGAAAGCCACUACCAGUACGGACCGGACACGUAUCUGCUGCAGCUGCGCGAUACGACCUUCCCGUGCCGUUUGCGCGAGUACAUGAAGAUCGCCAAGCACCGUUCGCCGAGCUUGGUGUCGGACUCGAACUACGAUGGAAGUCUGCCCAUCAUUCGCGAGCGUCGUCGCUUUACGGACGUAAUGGAUGAGGAAAUCGAUGACGAGCGUCGCAGCCGCAUCACGCGCUACGGAACGGACGAUAGCAUUACGGUAACGCGCCGUCUCCGUAACGAGGUCGGAACGCGGUUGGGAUCGUACGCCGAAGCAGAAGCGCUGAUUGAGUGCAAGCGCGAAGGUCAGCCACCGUUCUUCCGCGAGAAGCCACAAACGAUCGCGAUCCGCGAAGGUGAACCGAACCAGAUCAUUUGCUACGCCGUCGGUGAUCCGAAACCAUCGGUCACCUGGUUCCGCAACGAUAUGGUCAUCACCGACACCAACCGCAUCAAGGUGUUGGACGAUGUGGACGGCCGCUCGGUGAUCCAGUUCCAUCCGGCCACGCACAACGACGUCGGUGUGUAUAAGGCGGUCGCAAGCAAUCGCAUUGCCAAGACGGUGUCCCGCUGUCGGGUCGUGAUUGCCGUUAUUCCGGACGCACCCGAUGCGCCGGAUGCCGUCGCGGUGAGCGACACGGAAGUGUUGUUGCGCUGGAAGCAACCGCGCAGCGACGGUAACUCGCAGGUGAUCUGCUACAGUCUGGAGCAGAAGGAGCACGGCAAGGUCGAUUGGGUGGAUGUGGCGUGCAAUAUCGAUCACGAGUUCUUCCUGGUGCACGAUCUGCGCCCGAACGUUGGCUACCAGUUCCGGCUGGCCGCGUACAACCGCAUCGGCUGGAGCGAUCGUGGUCUGCCGACGAAGACCAUCACGACGCUGGAGUCGGGCGCACCGAAGAUUCAGAUCACGCGUGCCAUGAAGCAUCUGCAGCAGCUGACGGAGUCGGGCCAGCAGGUCGGUCCAGAGGAGCGCACCGGGCGGUUGGAUUACAGCUACGAAAAGACACCGCUCAAGUGGAGCAUCGAGGGUAACUACAACGAGAAGUACACGUUUAUGUCGGAGAUGUCCCGCGGACGGUUCUCCAUUGUGGUGAAGGGUCUGGAGAAGGCUACCGAUAAGAUUGUGGUGGCCAAGAUCUUCGAGCUGGGUGACGAGCGUGCAGCCGAAGCGGUCGAGCGUGAGUUUGAUGUGCUGCGCACGCUGCGCCACGAACGCAUCGCUGCCCUGUUGGCUGCGUUCCGCCCGAAGAACACGUCCAUUGCCGCGCUGGUGAUGGAGAAGCUGCAGGGUGCCGAUGUGCUGACGUAUCUGAGCAGCCGCUCGGAGUACAGUGAGCAGAUUGUGGCUACCAUCGUGAACCAGGUGCUGGAUGGUUUGCAGUACCUGCACUGGCGUGGCGUCUGCCAUCUGGACCUGCAGCCCGACAACAUUGUGAUGGCGUCGGUGCGUCAGGUUAACAUCAAGCUGGUGGACUUCGGUUCCGCCCAGUACGUAUCCAAGCUCGGCACGAACGUUACCCGUUCGGGUUGGUUGGACUUUAUGCCACCGGAGGUCCUGAACGAUGAGCCAGCCCUGCCACAGACCGACAUCUGGACGGUCGGUUGUUUGACGUAUCUGUUCCUGUCGGCCACCAGUCCAUUCCGUGGCCAGGAUGAGGCAGAAACUCGGGCCAACAUUAGCUUCGUGCGCUACCGCUUCGAGAACCUGUUCAAGGAGGUGACCGCCGAAGCGACGCGCUUCCUGAUGCUGAUCUUCAAGCGUGCACCAAACAAACGUCCCACGGUCGAGGAGUGCUUCGAUCACCGCUGGUUGGUACACACCGACUUCAUGACGAAGAAGCGCGAGAGGGCAAUCUUCCCUGGCAACCGUUUGAAGCAAAUCUCCGAAGAGUAUCAUACGAUGAAAACGAACGAAGCCACCAAGUCGGAGACGAUCUCCAACUUUGGUGGACAAUCCCCACGCCAGCUGUUGCGCUCCAACAGCAUCCAGGAGGAGCUGCUUACCACGUUCUAACCGCCAUCUUUGCUAAACCCAACCCCUCUCCCCUCCCCAUCAUGGUCUCCUACCUCCUAUCAGCAAGGUGUGCGUUCUGUUUCAGCGUUUGAUUGAUUUGCUUGCUUACCGUCCGCCAUGUUCUACUGGAAGAACAAAAAAAAGCGUCCCAUUUUGUUGCUAUUUCAUUCGAAACUGUAAAUAGCACCCCCGGACAAGAUUUUCUAGUGGGCCAUUAUUUUAGUAGAAGAUGGUCUCCAUCACACCACCAUCAAUGGCCUUGUUUGACAUUGAUGGGGGCGUUUGGUGUUUUGGGGUGACUCUGUUUCGGUUUAUUAGUAGCUUUCACUGUCGAGUUUUUUUGUGCUCCGUUUUAUUUUUUAUUUUUUUGCUCGCCAUUCAAGAAAGAGUACUUCUAAACGAACGAUCAAGAAAACCGAAAAUUUGCAAAACAGGUGUCCAAACACUUGACCAAAAAAAAAAAAUGCAACGAUUUAAAUACAAUCAAGUUCUCUCUAUAUAUAUAUACAUCGUUUAUACACGCGACACACGCACACACACAUUUUGCCGGUAUGUGAUGGGAGAGCUUGGGCAUGGACCGCGUAACCCCGGGGGAUCUUUUUUUAUAUGACUUUUUUAACCGCAAAACCAAA